GCGGGGCUGAGGGACACCAGUCUGUACCGCGGUAUACCUUAUACUAAAGUAUUUUUACACAGGUAAUGUUUUCUACAUACUGUAGCUCCUUCGUACCAUGUUCCUAUGACAUUCAUCUGUUCAGAAAAAAUCUUUAUUGUAGGAAAUUAUCUUUUUUUUUUGAGGACGACUUCAUAACUAUUGUGCAGUGGGAGAAUUCUUGCCGGAAAGGACCAGGGAGGACACAGGAGCUGGAUGAGGACUGACGGAACUCAGCUUUACAAUGUUCUGAAAUACGCUGAACCUUAAAUAAACAAACAAAAUACACACAUCGACUCAAAAUGUAUACAAUGUAGAAUCCAAACUUGCGCGAGUGAAAGGUCGUGCCAUUCAUGUUCUGAUAAGUUUACAACACCAUAAACUGAUUUUAUAAAUAGUAAUUCGUUAUUCUAUGCUUUCAGUAAUUAAUGUUUCAGCAAGAGGAAAGAUAAUUUUCUUCAACAAGGAUGCCUGUGACAAAUCAGAAAUUAAGGAGCGCGGUAUGAAGGAACAGUCAAAGAAAACUCUCCCUGUGUAAUCUCAGCAUGAGUCAGGUACGCCACCUUAGGCGUAGUCGCCGAAGAGAGCCUUUCAUUCCCAGUGAUUAUUUAUUUUGAUAAUCCUCCAGCCCCGUGACUUGUGCAAGUGUCGUGACGCUGCACACUACAGCUUACUGCACAGCAAAAUGUCGUCUGCGUAAAUCUCGUACCAAUUAAACCGUCGCCAUUUACAGAAUCAAAUAAAUUCAUUCUCACUAAUGGAAUGCUGAAUCAUGUCCUCUUCAAAGGUAAUAGUCUAUCUUCCACACCACAUUUUGGAUUUCUCGAUAAGAAGUCGUAUCUGUAACAUGGUGCGUAAAAGAUCUGCAAGUCCAUGAGCGUCUGCUGCAUUCGCCUCUCCGUGUGGCAGACCGAGGAGGAGCGGCUGGUGGAGCUGCCUGCUGUCACCGUGUGCAACCUGAGCCCACUGCCAGCCACCCCGGCCCUCGCCUUCCACCCGACGUGGGGUGCCUUCCUCGCCCUGCAGGAUGCCGCCACCAGGCCAGAAUGCGAUGAGACGGAGCCACAAAUGAGCCAAGUGAGGAAUGCCGAGACCUUCAUCCCCACCAAGGAAACUGCAGCAGGUGGCGGCGCUCAAGACGCCACACUGGGCCAUGAACAACGGGGUGCUCUCCAACCCAGAGUAAAGUUUGAGAAGCUCCAACAAAGUCAACCACUGAAUCCAUCCCAUUCCUCAUUUGACGGAGGUUUUCAAGCCGCACCAAUGAGACGCCAGGAUGAAGCUUCACGACGGACUCAUGCCAUUACGAAACUGAUGCACCACAAGGAAGUCAACGACCAUCUACAUAAAAGUAACUCAGAGUACUCAUCCUCUAACUCAUUUGACGGAAAUUUUCGGACCGCACCAAUGAGAACGAAUGCAGUCGCAAGUCUUUCGCAUAACAAGAAAAGCAGGAUCGUCUCUCAAGCUCAGUCCCUCAGCUCAGAGGAAAUACAAAUCCUUCCACAGAGAUAUAAGACGUACGGGAAGGCCUACAAUCAGCGGAGGAAGUCAGAGCCACUCAAUGACCGUCUUAAUUCUCCGAGACUCCACCAACACCAGUUGUACGGUCAUCGAGUUCCGGAUAAAUUCAGAAGGCUUUGGAAGGAAGACCGCCAACAUACGGAACAGUUCAUAGAUUCAAAGCUAGAGGAUCGAAUCCCGGAACGAGUCAGGAAGUUUGGGAAGGAUAAAGCUCAGUAUACGGAAGAACUAAUGGAUGCUGAACGAGAUCACCGAAUUCCAAACCGAAUUAGGAAACUUUGGAAGGGCAACGAUCAAUAUGCGGAAGAAAUUACUAACCUGGGACAAGAAACAAAUGAAAAAGAAGGUAAUGGAGCUGAGGAGAGGAUGCUGCGCCUGAACCAGCAUCGAGAAAUUUCAAGAGAAGACUCCCUGGUUGUUGGUCGCGGGCAACGGGAAGGAAGCUCAGCCAGGAAGGAAAAUAUACGGAGAUUCGAAAAUGAAAUAAAAAGGCAGAAUUUCAUGAAAGCUAAAGUACAGUUUAAAGAGAGUGGACAUGCGGGAAGGAGACAUGAUCCGAGGUUACUGGCGAUGAAAAAAGCUGCUGACGUCGGGACUCCCAUGCCAUCCCGUGCCUCACUCAUCAGUCCACAGGCAAUGACGGGGAGUCUCAACGAAACAGAAGGUUUGAAUAACAGUUCCGAGGUGGAGAAAGGUGACGCGGGCCAGUGCGGGACGGGGUACCUCUCCUGCCGAGACAACACCUGCUUCAGGGAGCACCGCGCCUGCGACAUCUGGAUGGACUGUCCUGAUAACUCUGACGAGGAUUAUUGCACGUGCGGCGCAGGGGAAUACAAAUGUAAAGGCAAGGAGCUGAUCUGCCUCUCCCCCAGCAUGCUGUGUGACGGCGUGUGGCAGUGCCCUCUAGAUGACGACGAGCACCACUGUGGGACGUGCCAGAAAGGGGGGUGGCGGUGUAACAGCGGCCAAUGCAUCCGAGACUACUUUCGCUGCGAUCAAGUUACGGACUGCUUCGAUCAGAGUGAUGAAAUGAACUGCGAGAACAAUACAAGUUGCGCACCAGAAGAGUUUUCGUGCGGCCAGCUGUGUGUGGCGAGUGCCUUCCUCUGUGACGGGCGGCAGGAUUGUGUUGAUGGCACCGACGAGCAGCAAUGUGGUGAAUGCAGAGAGGGCCUGUUCCAGUGCAGCGGCACUUGUCUCCCUCUACACCUACGAUGUGACGGGGAGUACCACUGCCCUGACGGCGAGGAUGAAGCUAACUGCACGGACGGAAGUGGGGAGUGUCCAGCAGACCACCUUACCUGCUACUCGUGGUUCUCUUACUACUGUCUGCAUCCGGCCUUCUUCUGUGAUGGGAGAAAGGAUUGCACUUUUGGCUACGAUGAGCAAGACUGCGGUGAGUGUGGCGAGGGACUAUUUCACUGCAAGGACGACACCUGCGUGCCUCUCCACCAGCGAUGUGACGGCACUCACCACUGUCCAGAUGGCGAGGACGAGAGGGAGUGCGAGAGAUGCCUUGGAGGGAGUCAUCACUGUGCAGCUGAGGGCGUGUGUCUCCCCGCCAGCAAGUUGUGUGAUGGCCUGCAAGACUGCCGAGACGGUUCGGACGAGAUCUGUGGAGACUGCCCCGUAAACUACUCUGUCGUGUGUGGUGAGGGCCACUGCCUCCACAACAUCCAUCUUUGUGACGCUCAUCGAGACUGUGGCAACGGGAAGGACGAACAAGGCUGUGAGUCCUGCGCGGAGGGCCGAGUGCUCUGCCCUGGCGGCGACUCGUGCAUCUACUCCUUCCAACUGUGUGACGGGAAGGUAGACUGCUUAAACGGCACAGACGAGCACGAGUGUGGAUUGUGUGGAGAGGACUAUUUCGUGUGCAACGAUUACACUUGCGUGCACCAAACGUUUCGCUGUGACGGCAUCGACGACUGUAAUGACGCAGAAGACGAAAAGCAUUGCGAACAAUGUCCUGAGGGUGUGAUGCGGUGCAGAGAGGGGCGAUGUAUUGACUCAACCCGUCGUUGUGAUGGUUUCGCUGACUGUGACGGUAUUGAAGACGAGAGGAACUGCACUGGCUGUAAGCUGGGAGUGCUUUGUGAAGGCCUGCUGUCCAGUUAUUGCGUUCCGCUGGAGCAAAUGUGCGACGGACGAGCCGAUUGCGGAAGUGGAGCAGAUGAGUUGCUGUGCGAGGAGUACGUGGAGAACUGUCCGGGACUCGACUUCAAGUGUGAUGACGGCACGUGUGUGGCGGCAAGGUACAGGUGUGACGGGGAGAGAGACUGCUCCAGUGGCGAGGACGAAGUGAACUGUGACACGUGUGCCGGUGGCGCACACUACUGUGCAGACGACACAUGCAUUGCCGCCCACCACCUGUGUGGAGCAGACUGUAUCGCACCAUCGGAGGAACAGAACUGCACAUCCGCGGCCGAGGAGUGUCCCGCAGGGCUGGUGUGGUGCGGGACGGGGAACUGCAUCAACCCUCGUUUUCUGUGCACUGAGCCGUGGUCGUCCUCGCCUUGCCCUGAUGACUUACGACGCCAAUACUGUGAUGAUGUGACAUCGCUGCCCGUGGUGCACAACCUGCGUAGUCAGUGCAGCCAACAAUACCGGGAAGUGGUUCGUCUUCGAGAGAGAUCUGUUGUCAGCCCUGCUCAUCCUCAGCAAGAUAUUUGCGAUGACUAUAUGGAGACUGUCGACUGGAGUGUUAUCUGCCAGAUGGGGAUCUUCUGCGACCACUACGGGUGUUACGACGACCACCUCAGAAGUUAUCAGGAGAGCACGCCUAGACCUGGUUUGCAGUGCUCCAAGUGUGGGGGCACUACUGAUCUCUGCUGGCCCUCCAGAUGGGCGGACGACUGGCGGGCGGGUCGGCUGGAGCAGACCACACUGAAGCUGAUGCUGCUUCGCCAGAGGGCUGACUUUGCAGACCUUCAAGAAGUGUUCUCUACCCCUGCCGCCGACCAACGUCUCUACUCCCUUCCCCCUGAGAGCCUCGUUUACUCUUGUUCACUCGACAACAAUCCCUGCGACUAUCGAUGGUUCUUCACGUGGCCCAGUGACACGCACGGCAUGUGCUACACCUUCAACGCAAGACACAGCGACAACCUCACCCUCCUCCGCCCGCCGGCCACCACCGCUCACGUGGGGCCCAAGAAUGGACUUCGCUUAGCGCUCACUGUCCACCCCGGCCUGUCACUGCUGUCACCUGAGGUGGGGCUGCGGGUGGUGGUUCACAAUCCCUACCACUUGCCGGUGCCAGAUGAGCAGGGAUUCAAUGUGGGGCCCGGUGCCUCCUCCGUUUCUGUCAGCCGGACCAUAAACCGACGUCUUGGAAAACCUCACUGGUUGUGUGGUGAGGACCCUCCCUCCGUGCCUCAAUACUCCACCACGGUGUGCAGGCAAGUGUGUGUGGAGCGCGAGAAGAGAGAUCGCUGUGGGUGCGGGGAGGGAGCCAGCCCGGUGCAUGACGAGCUGCCGCCGCCGCCGUUGGGCCUCUGCUCCCGCCAGAACGCUACACAAAAACUCUGCAUGGAAUUGGUGCAAGCAGACUACCUGAGCGGGCUUCUCCAGUGUGACUGUCCAGUGGCUUGCAGAGAGACGGAGUACCACACGCAGGUCACCUCUAGUCACAUCAACAACCAAUAUUAUGAUUUCCUACACCAAUUUAGGAAACCCGACACUAAUUUGUGUUCAAGGACAGCAGAGAUGGCGGCGCUUCACGUGUACUUGGACUCCGCUUCCUACCAGCUGAUUGAGGAGAGUCCCACCUAUACGUGGGACACGCUUCUCAGCAACCUUGGAGGUUCGCUGGGGCUGUUCGUGGGUGUGUCCAUGGUUAGCAUCAUGGAGGUAUUGGAGCUGUUUUUUGACAUAUUCCUCCUCGCCCUGCGCAGACCACCACGCAUGCGGCAUCCACCCGCCAAUGAAAGAAAGGGCACCGUCGACAGCAGGAGGGUGUCACCUACUUACUCUCUUUCAUCGUCGGCGAAAAAGGAUUUGAUUACUUUUCCAAACAUCAAACGUAUUUCCCCAUAUAUGAGUCCGUCUCGUUCUGUUUCUUCUAACAGACUCUUGCGGUCAGCAGUUACGUCCUCGAACAACGACCAGGCAUCAAAAGAUGCAGUUAUUUCUAGGACCCCUGCUCAUACCGACGUCAUAGAUAGAAACCUGAAGGCGGUAAAGAAAGAACUGGAAUAUAUCAAAGAUACUGAACCGGAAAGUCCCCUCUGGCGGCGAGAUAAGGAAGGAUCCUUCAUUCUCACACCAAGAAGUGCCUUCAGCGCUCUCUUCCUGAGCCACCACACAUGACUUCCUCGGCAUGCAGUCAGCGUAAUGGGGGAAGAUAAAAAAAAAAUCUUAAAUAUGACUUACUGAAUUUUGUGAAAGACAGCGGAGGUGGCGGCGCUACAGGCGCACCUGCACGCCGCCUCUUGCCAGCUUUGUCCGCAUGAUACGUUGAAUCUUAGAUCUGUCUAUCUGUGUGUUUGUCUGUCUCACGUAUAAUCCUUUAGGGACUGACACCUCAGUGGCCCCCUCCCGUUUUUCUUUUUUUUUUUCUUUUUGUUGUCCUUGGCCAGUGCCCCUCUUAUAUGAGACAAAAAAGUUAAUUCUAGCACAGUGACGUGUUUUCCUGGUCUCGUCACCACUCGUGGGUGACUACAGAGGGUUACUUUUGUACAUAAACGCCUGACUUAUUUUGAAGGUUGCUGCCGUAUUCCGCUUCAGGGGCGGCAUCCGCCUCCCCAACGGAGGGAGCGCGGUGAGUUGGCUCAGGUUCACCUAUAGGCCUGGAUCUGUUUUCAUCUGCUGUUUUCAUUGAUUUGACUGGUCUGCUGACUGACUAGAGCUGCUUAUUCAAGAAGCUAAUAUAAUCCUUGCUGGCAUCGGUUGGUAAUAAGAUAAAUUUCGUAAAGAAUAUUUUCACUACAAAAUCCUUUUCUGCAUUAAUUUUUGUACAUCUUGGAACAGUGUCAAACUGGAUAUAUGUAUUUUAUCGUUAUCACGAAAGUUGAAGAAGUGUUAAAUUCAUCAAAAGUAGAUACUUACUUGAACUACAUUCAUGUGGUAUGACUCUACAACUAUUUACUUUCUUCUCCUCCACCAGGGUGCUCUAUCAGCAGUCAGUAAUCGCUAUGCUCCUCCGUCCAUAGUAUUCGGUCUUCGCCCAUAGCUGCCUCGCUUCCCUAUAACAUGUGCGUGCCCGCUUCCGCUUCCCAACUUUUUUUUUCUUCUUUUACGCUUCUUAUCACAAAGUGUAGUCUUCAUACACUUUAAUCUAUAUAAGAAAAUUUGUACAACAUGAAUAAUGAUUUUCUUCUCUCGAUUAUCUGUUUUAAUGAGAUGAUGCAAUAUUU